AUGAAUCAAAAAGCAGAUGUUACAACUAAAUUAAGCUAUGAAGCGAAUAUAAAAUCAAGUAAUAAGAAAACUGUAAUACUUGAACAAGUGUAUGGAAGUGUGUGUACAGGAGAAGUAACAGGAGUAAUGGGACCAUCUGGUGCUGGUAAAUCAUCACUUUUUGACUUCCUAUCUAAACAAUAUUCUAAAACUAAAGUUAUGAAUGGAAAAAUCUUUAUUAACAAUGAAGAGAUGAGUAUUAAUUAUUUAAAUCAGCACCUUUCUUAUAAGUCACAAUUCACCCCUUCAUUGAGUAAAUUAAAAGUUAUAGAACAUAUAAAAUUCCAGCUAUGUAUGGAAAAUAUUAAAAUAACAAAAGAAACAUUAGAAUAUAUUGAUAAAACACUACUUGCUUAUGAUAUGUUAGAUAAGAAACAAUCAUUACUGAAUACGUUAUCAUCAGGAGAAAUGGAAAGAAUUAGUACAAUAUCAAGUGUAUUAUUGGGUAUGCCUUUCCAAUUGUAUGAUGAACCAUUGAGUAAUUUAGAUGUUUGUACGGCACAUAGAAUGUUAGAAGACCUUAGAAAUACAGCAAAGAACGAUAAUAAAGCUAUUGUUAUAACAAUUCAUCAACCAAAUCCAGAAACAUUAAGUUAUUUUGACAGAUUGAUGGUAUUGAGUAAACAUGGAGUAAUUUAUCAUAGUAAAACCAAAGAAUAUCCUGAAUAUUUUGAAAAGAACUUUAAUGUCUCAGUUACAACAGCUGAAGAUUUAAUAGAGCUUUGUUAUAUUAUUGAUAAUAAUGUGUUAUUAAGAGAAAAAAUUUUAGAGACCUGUAAAAAAAAUUUUAUUUUAGAACAAGAGUCUCAAAAAAAUAUUGAAUAUGAACCAUUACCAGUGCUUAGAAAAAGACCAAAAAUUAAGUUUAUGAUCUCUUAUUACUUAUUUAUAAAUCUGUGGAGAGUAUUUAAGAGUAAUUUUUCUAAUUUAAAAUUAUACUCUUUAAUUACACAAGUUAUAACAGUUUUGAUAGCAUUAGUGUCAUACUUGGUGAAUUUAUAUAUUAAAGAUGAGAAUGACAAUAUAUUUACAUUAAUUUGUUGGUGUUUUUAUGUUGCUCUACAUUAUAUUACUUUUGAUAAACCUAUUGUGGAAAAUAUAAAAGAGGAUAAAAUUUCUAAAUUUGUUAAAAAUAAUGAUCCUCUUAUGUUUAUUUAUAAUAUUAACGAUGUAUUUUUAAAGAUAGUUUUACAUGAAUUUCUUCAAAACAAAGAUUUUAGCAUAGAAGAAAUAAAAAAUUUAUCUGAAUUAGAUAAAAUUUCAAUAGCACGAUUCUUUCUACUAUUGAUAGACUCUUUUGAAAAAAUUAAAAAAAGGUUUAAAGGUAUACCAUCUAAAGAAGAUUUAUCAAGUAUAACUGUUUAUGAUUUUGUUCCAGAAACUACCAACAGUAAAGUUAAAUUAUCAAAUUUAACAAUAAAGGAUUUAAUAUUUGAAGAGACUAAGAUUUCAGAUAUUUUUGAAAAUAAGUAUUUUAAAAAGAUGAGAAAUUUUAUUAGGAAAGAACUGCCAUUAAUUGAUAUUUUUGAAAAAUUAGGAAUUGAAGAAAAUUUUAAAUUGGCUGAUUUGAAAGCACCUGAACUUUUAUUAUCUGAAUGUCGAUCACCUGAUAUCCGGUUUAUAUACAUUACUAAUUUUAUAAAUUAUUUGAAGAAUGAUAAUUUGAUUAUGGUUUUUGCAUUCUUUAUAAUUUUUAUAGUAAUAAGUUUUAUGGUUUUAAGAAUCAAUUCUUACUUUUUAGACUUAAUUGAUUUUGAUAAAAAUAUCAUUCAUACGUUAUUUUAUUACGUUAAAAAUUCUAGAAUUAAUCUUUUUGAAAUGAUAUUUUACAUGACUAUUUCAAUAGCUCCAUUUGCAUUGAUUCCAAACUUUAUUUUAUUUAUUCCCUUAUUUGGAAUUUUUUACAAUAGAUCAUUUUUAAAUCUACACCUGGUUAUUUUUAUAUCAAUUAUGUCAUUAGGUUUUACAUUGCUUAAAUCUGAAUUUUACACCAGUUUAUUUGAAUUAUUAUUUUAUAUCAAUCCUGAUGUAUUUUUACUCUUUAAGUAUUUCAAAUACUUUAUUGUUAUAACAGGAUCUUUAGUUUUUACUAAAUUUAGUUAUAAUAUUGAUGAUUACUUUACACUGAGAAACGAUUUUAAGGUAUCUGAUAUUUUUGAAAAAUGCACUUUAUUUAUAGCUGAAAUUUUAAUUAAGAGAUUGAUUUUACCCUUCAUUAUAAAAGAUUAUAAAGGUAUGUUUUUAAUGUUAAUGCCCUUCGUUCUUGAAUUUUUAAUUGCAUUCUUUAUUCUUCCUGUUUUAUUUUAUUUUAUUAUUUAA